AUGAAGACCCAGUGUAGCCAAAAAUAAAUAAAUUAAAUAAAUAAAUUUUUAAAAAAAGAAGAAGAAGAAGAAAUGAGCUCUCAAGCCGUGAAACAACAUGGAGGAAACUUCAAUGCAAAUGACUAAGAGAAAGAAGCCAAUCUGAAAGGGCUACAUCGUGUAAGAUUCCAACUAUAUGACAUUCUGGAAAAGGCAAAACUAUGGAGACAGUAAAAAUAUCAGUGGUUGUCAGAGGAUGAGGGGAGGGAGGGAUGAAUAGGCAGAGCACAGAGGAUUUUGGGGCAAUAAAGCUAUUCUGUGACACUAUAAUGGUGAGUACAUGCGGUACGUUUGUCCAAACCCAUAGAAGGUACCACACCAAGAAUGAACCCUAACGUAAACUAUGGACUCUGAGUGAUAAUGAUGGGUCAAGGUCAUCAACUGAAGCAAAUGUCCCACUCGGGUGGGUGGGGUGCUGAUAAUAGGGGAGGCUAUGCGUGUGUGGGGCAAGUGGGAGUAAAGAGUAAAGAGGGGUAAAUGGGAAAUCCUAACCUUUUGCUCAGUUUUGCUGUGAACCUAAAACCGCUCUAAAAAAUAAAGUCUAUUAAAAAAAUAGUGUCCCUCAUUUGGGUUUGUCUGAUGUUUCCACGUGAUUAGAUUGGGGUCAUGCAUUCCUGGUGGGAAUCCUGCCCCUCAUUGGUGAUGCUAUUUUAAUCCUUUGGUCAAGAUGUUGCCUGAUUCUCCUCCUGUAUCGUUACCCUUCCCCCCACCUGCUACUAAUAAACAAUCUGUAAAGAGACACUUUAAGAGCAUGCCAAUAUCUUUCCCCUCAUCAAAAAUCUCCCGCUAAACUUCACAUCCAAUGUUGAGUUUUGCCCACAGGCUGCCUUCCUGUCGGCCGCCCCUCGCUGUCUUUGUUUCUCCGGUUAGGACAUUACGUAGGAGCAGGUUAGCCUCCGCUUCCGGUCCAGUCCAGUGUCGCUCUCCUGGCCAACACCCAGCCUUCCUGAUCUGACCCGGGUUCGAGUCCCUCAUUCACAGCCCAUCUCAUGUGUGGCAGCCAGACCUUCCCACAGCGAGUGGGACUCUGGGAGACUCGUCUCAUUUCCUGUCCUGCAAAGCUUCUCUUUCUCACGGCUGCUACCAUAGCCCCAGGCUAGGUCAAAAGGACCAGCCACCCUGGGUGGUGAGGCCAGGAGCUCUCUUCCCCCCAGCAGGCCUCAGGGGCUGCUGCGGAUGGUGAAAUCUCACCUUCGAGGCUGCACUGGGAUCAGUAGAGACCUGCAGUAAGAUACCGAGCGGUUAGGGCAGCUGCUUUGAGGUUGGGCGGCUGGGAGCCCACAGGAAGUGACUUGGUGCAGAUCUGAUGCGUCUUUACCCCGGCACCCAUCACGGGACGGGAGCUGCAGGCUGGCGAGGCUGGGGGCAUGUCCGCGGAGUGCGGGGAACCUGGGCCCAAGGGGCUUCAGGGCUGGUCCCCGGGGCCAGGCGGGCACUCAAGGGCCAUGGGCUCGGGUCCAUGCCCCUCUCCAUCCACGCCCACCCCCUGGAGCCUGCCCCGCUGGAGAGCUUAUGUGGCUGCUGCCGUGCUCUGCUACAUCAACCUCCUGAACUACAUGAACUGGUUCAUCAUUGCAGGAGUUCUGCUGGACGUACAGAAGUUUUAUCAGAUCAGUGACAGCAAUGCUGGUUUGCUUCAGACAGUCUUCAUCGGCUGCCUGCUGCUGUCUGCACCCGUGUUCGGCUACCUGGGCGACCGACACAGCCGCAAGGUGACGCUGAGCUUAGGUAUCCUGCUCUGGUCAGGAGCAGGCCUCUGCAGCUCCUUCAUCCCCCCUCGGUACUCCUGGCUCUUCUUCCUGUCCCGGGGGGUGGUGGGCACUGGCACUGCCAGCUACUCCACCACUGCGCCCACUGUCCUGGGAGACCUCUUCGUGAGGGACCAGCGAACCCGAGUGCUGGCCAUCUUCUACAUCUUUAUCCCUGUUGGAAGUGGUCUGGGCUACGUGCUGGGGUCGGCUGUGACGGAGCUGACCGGCAACUGGCGUUGGGCCCUCCGAAUCAUGCCCUGCCUGGAAGCCGUGGCCUUGAUCCUGCUUAUCGUCCUGGUUCCAGACCCACCCCGGGGAGCUGCUGAGAAGCAGGGGGUGGUGACCGUUGGGGGCCCAAGGAGCACCUGGUGUGAGGACCUCAGAUACCUGGGGAGAAACUGGAGUUUUGUGGGGUCGACCCUUGGAGUUACAGCCAUGGCCUUUGUGACUGGAGCUCUGGGCUUCUGGGCCCCCAAGUUUCUGUUCGAGGCCCGUGUGGUGCACGGGCUGCAGCUUCCCUGCUUUCGGGAGCCGUGCAACAGCCAGGACAGCCUGAUUUUUGGGGUACUGACUGUUGUGACUGGCCUUGUUGGGGUCAUCCUGGGAGCAGAGGCUUCGAGGAGAUACAAGAAAGUCAACCCAAGGGCUGAGCCCCUCAUCUGUGCUGCCAGCUUGUUUGCUGCAGCCCCCUGCCUCUACCUGGCUCUCAUCCUGGCCCCGACUACCCUCCUGGCCUCCUAUGUGUUCCUGGCCCUCGGGGAGCUGCUCCUGUCCUGCAACUGGGCCGUGGUUGCUGACAUCCUGCUGUCCGUGGUGGUACCCAGGUGCCGGGGGACGGCAGAGGCGCUUCAGAUCACAGUGGGCCACAUCCUGGGAGAUGCCGGCAGCCCCUACCUCACUGGACUUAUCUCCAGCGCCCUGCGGGCUGCGCGUCCCGACUCCUACCUGCAGCGCUUCCUCAGCCUUCAACAGAGCUUCCUGUGCUGCGCCUUCGUUAUCGUCCUGGGUGGUGGCUGCUUCCUGCUGACUGCACUGCACCUGGAGAGAGACCAGGCCCAGGCCCAGGCCCGGCAGACAGGGAUCCCCGACAGCAAGGACGUGCACAGCGAGGCCAUGGAGAGCCAAUGCCUGCUUCCUAGCACCGGUGCCUCCCCAGAGGACCCCUGAGGAGGGGUUUGCAGCGAGGAGGUCCCACCCACCCUGCUCGCGCCUUUCUGGGCGGCCUCCACCGUAUCAGUGCCUCUGCCCACCUUUGACUGCGGCUCCGGGGCCCUGGCCAAGCGGCACCUGCCGCGUCUUCGCCCCCAGCUAGAGGCUGGCAGCGCCUGUGGCUGGGCUGGGAUUUGAGCUGUCGGCACCCUCGCUGGGAGGCCUGAGCCUGUGCCCGCACCCAGCACGAGGCCACGCCAGCGCGGGCCCCUCAGCCCGGCUGCUGGCAGCCCGAUUAAAGUGUGGCCAGUACAAAGCCCGUGGAUAUAGGCCUUUGGACCUAUGUUAUUUAUAGCCUCAAGGUGUCUCUGCUGGGAUUAGAAGCAGGAGACGGGGAGGUGGGCAGUCUGGGCCAAGGAUGCAGGGCUGCUCAGCAUGGGCCUCUGGGCGUCCGCACCCUGGACCGCCUGCUCUGACCCAGGUUCCCCAGUCUGCAGGGGCAGCCCUCUGCGUGCGUUCGCCCUCUGAACGAAGUGGGGGCUGAAUCAGUAGUCUUGAAGAGAGGUUUCUACUCCGGUGCUGGUGUGGGAGCGUGGCUGCAAGAACCAAGGAGGCACCCAGAGGAGUGCCCAGGCCUGCGCAGACCCACGCUGGGGGGCUGGCAUGGCUGUGCAGGAGCGCCCUGCUCUGCAUCUCGGCCUCCUCCCGCACGGGGAGGGCCGGCUCGCUGGGCCCCAUAUUUGCCCCUGGGCUCGGAGCAGCUGGGCACAGUGGGCCCCGCAGGAGAUCAACAGCUUCCAGGCGGGCAGCAGUGGGGAGGCAUGUCCUUUCCGCCAUGAGCAUAAGCGGGUCUCCCCUGCCCUGGUGCCCAGCUAGGCAAUCACUGUUCACUUGCUGAUCGCCACUUGCGGUGUGCCAGGCUGGGCCUGCCUCCCAGCAGCUGUGGGCAGAGCAGUGACCCAGACUCACACUCACCUCCUGACCCUUGCUUGCCGCCCCCCUGCCCCCCUGUGGUGUCCUCCCUGCCCCUUAUGUUGGAUGGGACAGGCUCCAGGAGCUGGACACUCCCGCUCAGCCCGCGCCUGCCACGCUCACCCCCAAGUCUCAGCGGCCCCUCAGGAGCAGCUGUCACCAGGGUGACCUCCCCUUCCACCCACGAUCUGACGCUUGGCACUCCUGAAACAGCCGGCCCUGAAGUUAGGAGAGAAAGGAUUCAUGAGGCUGCAUGGUAAGGGUUCUGCACCCAGUUACAGUGUGGGUGCGGGAGAGGGGUCCGUUCCCACACCACCAAGCGAUUCUCUGACUCUCGCUGGGGGCCUACAAUUCAACUCGACUCUGAGACUGUCUACCCAGAGAUAGCAUCAGAUUCCGCAGGGUAAGGAUGUAGUGCAAAAGACUGUCCCUGUCACCCCUGUGCCACGCUUCAGAUGCCAAUCACAAGUCCAGGCUGUGACCAACUGUAAAUCCAAGGUUCUCACAACCCCUUCCUUGGGUUCCAUUAAUGUGCGAGAGAACUUAGGAAACCCAUUUACUCACUGUAUUGCCAGUUGAUUAUAAAGUAUAGCUCAGAAAUAGCCAGAUGGAAGAGAUGCAUAGGACAGGGUAUGGGGAAAGGGCGUGGAGCUUCCACACUGUCUCCAAGCACCACUCUCCCCAGAUGUCCAUGUGUUCACCAGCCCGGAAGCUCUCCGGACCCAGUCCUUUUAGAUUUUACGGAGGCUUCAUUACUUAGGCAUGAUUGAUUAAACCGUCACUGGUUGAUCUCAAUCUCCAGCCUCUCUCCCCUCCCGGGAGGUAGUUGGCGGGGGUGGGGGAGCUGAAAGUUCCAACCUUCUAAUCACAAGGCUGGUUCUCUGGCAAGCAGCCUCAUCCUUAGGUGAGUUCCAAAAGUCACCUCCUUAACAAAGGAAAGACACUUUUAGGGCUCUCAUCACCUAGGAAACUCCAAGGGUUUUAGGAGCUCUGUGCCAGAAACAGGAUGAAGACCAAAUAUAUAUUUCUUAUUAGAAAUCACAGUAUCAUACUUAGUUUCCUCUGAGAAGGAGGCAGUCGGUCUGUGCGGGAUUCACUGGCUGUGCGACCACUUCCUGUCUUCUCUGAGCUGCGGACUCCCCAGCUAUAUUUAAGAGGUGUGUUGAAUGUGAUUUUUCUAACCUAGACCUCAUGUGAUUUCUCACGGGCUGGGUCUAGGUCCACAGAAGCCCAGCUUCAGGAUCUUCCUCACUGCAAUCCUGGGGAGGACCCCUGUGAGAUUCAGCUCCCAGGAGAUGGGCAAGCGCUUCCCAAGAGUCAGCAGCUACCCCCACCUCUCCCACCUCAGAGUCCUCAGGCUGGGGAGAGAGAUCAGAAACCUCAUUUAUGCCAGUUCCAGAAACAUGCGUUGGUACCAGUGGGUGCCCAUCUUGGUGUUGGGCAGUGACUCCGACCCUGCCCUUGGACCUCACAGCCCCAGAAGGAACAGGGAAACGCUUGGCUGGGCCAAGUGAGGCACACCUAUGGGCAGAAGAAGGGGUUACAUCCCUCAGAAGCGUUGAGGAGUCAGCCUAGGAGCUGGUAAAAAGCCAGAGGUGUGGGGAAGGGAAUCCCUGGUGGGUAGAACAGGCCGAGGUGCAGGGGAUGGGGCAGAAGAUACGUGAUGAGUCACAGAGAGGUGUGGUGUGGUCAGAAGGGAGGGGGUAUGUGUGUUUUGGGGGAGAGAGAGGGAGCGGGAGAGACUGGCUGGGACCAGAGGGCUCAGAUGCCAGCCGAGGAGCUGGAGCAUGAAUCCUGUAAUCAGGGAAGUUCUUUCUGACUCAAGUGCUUUCUGGGGUUUGGGUUGCCAGGCAGGGCAGGGUGGUGCUUUCUGGGACUGAGCUAGACAAAGUGCCCCACCAGGAGUUUAUACGAUGUUAUCAUCCAAAGUGUUUGGAGGCGGGGCAGGAGCAGGGCGGGCUGGCAGACUCUGGGAGGAAGGGACCAGUAUCUGUUCUGCAAGCAACCCGACCCCAGCUGUACUCAGCUCCCACCCCUUGCCUCUCUGGGGCUGGUCACUCAGACCUCACUGUGCUGAGGUCGCAGGUAUAGGUCUCUGAGAACCCAGCCACUCGGGCUAGGCAGGAGGAGUGGUCAAUAGAACGCACCUUUCUGGCCAACAGGGCACUUGCUGGGUGAUCAGUCCCUGAUACCGUGGACUCACUUGUUGGGAAUGUUGAUGGAGGAGCACACUGCUGAGCAGGACGAGGCCCUCAGACCUGAUCUGCUCACAUCAUGUGUUAAUUGCUCUUCCUGGACACACGCUGCAUUCCAGCUCCCAGGUGUCAUCCAGGUGUCCUUCUGGACAUCCAGCAGCACUUUGGGGUCAAGGACCGAGGCGCCGGCUUGCUGCAGUC